AUGGCAUUUUGGAACAUGUCUGAAAGUGUAGAGCAUUGUUUUUCUUCUGUCACUACUGAAGAUAACAAUGUAAGAAUUUUCAAAACACCCACUCAGCCUUUGCUUCCUAAAAUAUAUUAUAAUUUAGGAGGUGAUAAAGACAAAGAAGGGUAUGUGACAAAUAACAAGAAAUUUGGUAAACAAGUUGAAGGUUCUUGUUUAAAGAGAAAGAAUGUGAAGAGAGUUGGUUGUCCUACUAUGAUAAAAUUUAGGUUUUGUACUGGUGGGAAGAUCAUGAAAGAACUUUGUGGUGGGUUUGAAAAUGUCAAGGGCAGUAAAAAUGAUUUCAAAAAUUUUUCUAGGGACUUAAAAGUUUAUAUCUCUAAUGCUGAUGGUAUGAUGCAUUUGACCCAUGUCUUUUGGGUUAAUGCUAUUGGUAGAAGAGAUUAUCAAUUAUUUGGGGACUCUUUAUCUUUUCAUUCUACCUAUGAUACAAAUAAAUAUUCAUUGGUUUUCUGUCCUUUUACUGGUGUUGAUAAUCACAAGAGAUGUGUUACAUUCUGUGCUGCUCUAUUAUCUAAAGAAGAUAUAAAUUCUUUUGUGUGGCUAUUUCAAACUUUUUUGAAGUGCAUGGGAAGAGAACCCUCUUGUAUUAUCAUUGAUCAAGAUUCUACAAUGGGUAUUGCCAUAGAAAAGCUAAGUGUAGUAGUUUGGAAUAGAGAAAUUGAUCCUUGUGUAUUUGUUGAUGAUUGGAAUAAUGGACUUAUUUAUGGGUGGUUUACUGCGUUCUACUUCUACACUGAAGGUGAAAACAGUUUCUUUUGUAAUUUUACAAACCCUCAUGUAACUUGUGUUGAAUUCUUUGUCCGUUAUGAAACUGCUCUUGAUGCUCAAAGGCAUGAACAUGAUGAGUUGAUCAGGCUUAAUAAACUUGAGCCUCAAUUGGUUACUCACUUACACUUGGAAAAGCACGCUGCUAUUUUUUAUACUCGUGCCAUAUUUAAUGAUUUUCAAGAAGAAUGUGAGGGAGCCUGUUUUUCAUGUGUUGUUGAAAGUUGUAGUUCUCUGUAUGGAGAUGGUGUGGGGUUUUCUAUUAUUGUUGAUAAUGAGAAAAGGAAAAAAUUUGAUGUAACUUUUGACUUGGCCACAUAUGAGUCAAGUUGUACUUGUAGAAUGUUUGAGAGUCAAGGCGUGUUAUGUAGACACAUUCUGUUUGUUAUGAAAGGCAAGUGUAUACGUGAAAUUCUCGAUCCUUAUAUCUUGAAUCGUUGGAGAAAAGAUGUUCUGAAGAAUGCUUCUGUCACAAAUGUUGCUCUGUAUGAUGCUUCUAAGUAUGAUAAGAAGAAGCAAUUGAUGAUAUCAAAGAAUAAUCCUGAAAAUGCACCUAGUUCAAAAGAGGUGAAAGAUGCUGAUAUUCAGGUUUUGGUUGGGUUAAAUGAAGUAGAUGUAAAUAUCUUGCCUCCAAAUCAGUGUCUUAACAAAGGUUCUGCCAAAAGUUCAAAGCGGUUGAAGAGUGUAAAAGAAGUAGCUACUGAACAAAAAUCCAAAAAGGGCAGAACCUGUAGAGCUUGUGGGCAAUCUGGUGUUUCCUAUGACAGUAGAAACUAUCCAAACAAGUAUUAUUAUACUUGA